AUGUCCCAACUCGAAAAGCUCUCGCUCGAUCACGCCACUUGGGUCACCGAUGAAGGGAUUGCCCAACUGGCCGAGCUGAAACAGUUGAAAGUCUUUAACACAAAUAGUGUGCAGCUCACCGACCAGGUCCUUAAAACCAUCGGAGGUUGGCCGCAGUUGGAAGAGCUUUCGAUUGGUCUAACGCCGGAGUCUUCGGAUUCGUUGGAUACGAACCUGAGGCAUCUUGCGAAACUGAAGCAGUUGAAGAAACUGACACUCUUUCGCGCGCAACUUACCGAUCAUUCGCUGGAAAUGAUUGUGAAACUACAAGAGCUUGAAUCGCUGACGCUUUCUGACAACGAACUUACCGACGCCGGCCUGGCCACGCUCAAGCAGCUUCCUAAACUGAAGAACCUCGGCUUGUGCGGUAACUUCGUGACUACCGAAGGACUCCAACAGUUGGAAACCUUCCCGGCACUCGAAACCGUGGUCAUCAGUGAAGAUGUUAAGCCGCCGAAAGAUAUCUCCAAGACGCUUCAGUUCGUCAGCGGACCUCCUCGCCAA